AUGGCCACCAAACCGCUACAAACCAACAACAACAACGUCAAUGCCCCGCGUCCCAAGAAGACAAUCGAGGAGAUGUACCAGAAGAAGUCACAGCUCGAACACAUCCUCCUCCGUCCCGACACCUACAUAGGAUCCAUCGAGAAACACACGCAGACCCUCUGGGUCUACGAGAACGAGGAGAUGGUCAACCGCCCCGUCACCUACGUCCCGGGGCUCUACAAGAUCUUCGACGAGAUACUCGUCAACGCGGCCGACAACAAGCAGAGAGACCCCAAGAUGGAUUCCCUCGAAGUCGUGAUCGACGUCGCGCGGAAUCUCAUCAGUGUUUGUAACGGUGGAGAUGGAGUCCCCGUGGAGGUUCAUAGGGAGGAAGGGGUUUAUGUGCCUGAGAUGAUUUUUGGUCAUUUGUUGACGAGUAGUAACUAUGAUGAUAAUGUGAAGAAGACGACUGGUGGAAGAAAUGGGUAUGGUGCGAAGCUUACUAAUAUCUUCUCUACUGAGUUUACCAUUGAAACUGCUGAUGGGAAGAGGCAGAAGCAGUACAAGCAGGUGUUUGAAAACAACAUGGGGAAGAAGUCAGUACCGGUGAUAACCAAGUGCAAGAAGAGUGAUAACUGGACCAAAGUCUCGUUCAAACCAGACUUAGGGAAGUUCAAGAUGACUCAUUUAGAAGAUGAUGUGGUUGCUUUAAUGACCAAAAGAGUGUUUGAUAUUGCUGGGUGUUUAGGAAAGACUGUGAAGGUGAAGCUGAAUGGGAAGCAGAUUCCAAUAAAAUCAUUUGGUGAUUAUGUUGAUUUGUACUUAAGUGCUGCUAACAAGUCAAGGAGUGAACCUCUCCCAAGGAUGAUUGAGAAAGUUAAUGACAGAUGGGAGGUUUGUGUGAGCAUAAGUGAAGGACAGUUUAAACAGAUCACAAACUACAUCGUUGAUAUUGUGUACAUGAAGAAAGAAAACGCUUACGUUAGAGCUCACAAUGUUAAGAACCAUCUGUGGGUAUUUGUCAACUCCCUUAUUGACAAUCCAGCGUUUGAUUCUCAAACAAAAGAAACGUUGACUCUACGUCAGAGCAGUUUCGGUUCUUAUUGUGAACUUUCUGAAGAUAUUUUGAACAAAGUGGCUGAAUCUGGAGUAGUAGAAAAUCUGCUUUCAUGGGCAACUUUCAAGGAGAGCAAAGAGCUUAAGAAAAGCGAUGGAACCAAAGUUAGUAGAGUUUUUCAAGUUGAGAAGUUGGAGGAUGCUAACAAAGCUGGAGGGAAAGAAUCAAAAAGCUGUACGUUGAUUUUAACUGAAGGAGACUCAGCUAAGGCUCUAGCCAUGGCGGGGAUGUCUGUGGUUGGACGUGACUAUUACGGUGUGUUUCCCCUACGAGGAAAAUUACUUAACGUUAGGGAAGCCACCACAAGUCAGAUCACUAACAAUAAGGAAAUUGAAAACAUCAAGAAGAUUCUUGGACUGAAGCAAAAUAGGGUGUACGAGAAUGUUAACUCACUGAGAUAUGGACAUAUGAUGAUUAUGACAGAUCAGGAUCACGAUGGUUCCCAUAUAAAGGGUCUCUUAAUCAACUUCAUCCAUUCUUUUUGGCCAACAUUACUCAAGGUUCCAUCAUUCCUAGUUGAGUUCAUCACCCCCAUUGUGAAGGCUACACGCAGGACCGGUGGUUCGCGCAACCCUGAAGUUCUGUCAUUUUACUCGAUGCCUGAAUACGAAAGCUGGAAAGAAAGUCUGGGCGGUAAUGCUAGUGGCUGGACUAUAAAAUACUACAAGGGGUUGGGAACAAGUACUUCUAAGGAAGGCAAAGAGUAUUUUGAGAGCCUUAAUGUUCACAAAAAGGAUUUUGUGUGGGAGGAUGAGCAAGAUGGAGAAGCGAUUGAACUUGCUUUUAGUAAAAAGAAAAUUGAAGCCAGAAAAAACUGGCUUUCUCAUUUUGAGUCUGGCACUCAUCUUGAUCAGAAGCAACAGAAGAUUAGCUUCAGUGACUUUGUAAACAAGGAACUUAUCUUGUUCUCUAUGGCGGAUCUUCAAAGGUCGAUUCCUUCCAUGGUUGAUGGGCUCAAACCCGGCCAGAGAAAGAUACUGUUUUGUUCGUUUAAAAGGAAUUUCAUCAAGGAGGCCAAGGUUGCUCAGUUCUCUGGUUAUGUAUCAGAGCAUUCAGCUUAUCACCACGGUGAGCAGAGUCUUGCUAGUACGAUCAUUGGUAUGGCGCAGGAUUAUGUUGGCAGCAACAACAUAAACUUGCUUCAACCAAAUGGUCAAUUUGGCACACGGAAUAUGGGUGGGAAAGAUGCAGCAAGUGCAAGAUACAUUUUCACUAAACUUUCUUCAGCAACCAGAGUCUUAUUUCCCAAGGAUGAUGAUGUUCUCCUCAAUUAUUUGAAUGAAGAUGGGCAGAAGAUAGAGCCAACUUGGUACAUGCCUAUCAUUCCAACUGUGCUUGUGAAUGGCUGUGAAGGAAUUGGAACCGGGUGGAGUUCUUUCAUACCCAACUACAACCCUAGAGACAUUGUUGCCAACGUGAGGCGUCUACUUAAUGGUGAAAGUAUGGUCCCUAUGGAUCCUUGGUAUAGAAACUUCAAAGGAACUAUUGAGAAAACUGCUUCCAAAGAUGGUGGGUCUACCUACACAAUCACUGGUGUAUAUGAGGAGAUUGAUGAAACUACUCUCCGUAUAACGGAGCUACCAAUCAGAAAAUGGACCGAUGAUUACAAACAGUUCUUGGAAACUUUGAAGACUAAUAAUUACACUCCCUUUUUCCAGAAAGUUGGGGCUUACUAUGACGAUACAUCUGUGGAUUUUGAGCUUCAAUUAAGUGAAGAAAACAUGAUGAUGGCUCGUCAAGAAGGCUUUUUGAAGUUUCUCAAACUUACCACGACAAUAGGUACAACAAAUAUGCACCUAUUUGAUGCAAAUAAUGUGAUAAAGAAAUACACAACUCCAGAACAAAUUCUUGAGGAGUUCUUUGAGCUCAGGCUCCAAUACUAUGAAAAAAGAAAGAAAGUGAUCUUGGAGAAUCUGGAGUUAGAGCUACUGAAACUAGAGAACAAAGUGAGGUUUAUUCUUGGAGUUGUCAGAGAAGAAAUCAAAGUGAACAACAGGAAGAAGUCUGAUCUUGUCCAGGAGUUGAGAAAGAAAGGUUUCACACCAUUCCCCAAGAAGGUCAAGCCUGUGGAAGCUGCGGUUGCUGGAGCAGUAGAUUCAACUCAAGAAGAAUCUGAACAUGUUCCUGCUUCAAGCUCCUCCACGUUUAUAUCUGGUUCAGACUAUGACUACCUGUUGUCACUGUCUAUAGCUACGUUGACUCUAGAGAAAGUGCAGGAGUUAUGUGGAGAGAGGGAUAAAAUGAAGCAACAAGUUGAAGAUUUAAAGAAGGCCACACCAAGAUCUCUCUGGCUCAGAGACCUUGAGUCUCUUGAUGCAGAACUUGAUAAACUUGAUGUGGAAGAUGCUAAAGCAGAAAAAGAGAGAGAGGCAGCACAAAAGAAGCUCAGGGAAAAAGCUGGAGUGCCUUUAAAGACUGGAAGAGCAGUAGCAGCAGCACCAAGGAAACAGGCACCAAAGAAGACAGCAAAGAAAGAAAGUGUGUCAGACACAACAGAUGGUUCUAGCUUUGUAAUGGACAUAGGUGACAACGUAGUGGAAGUUGCAAAGGCUAAAGGUAGACAAGGAGUCAAUAAGAAGGCGCCAGAGAAUGAUGAGAUGAUUGAUUUAGCACAGAGAUUUGCUCAAUACAAUUUCGGAUCCACCUCUGAGAACACAAGCAAAACAGUAAUAUGUUUGGAUGAUGAUGAUGACGACGAGGUUGUUGAAGUUGCUGCACCAGCUAAAGCAAAGCCAGCGGCAGCUCCGAGAAAGAGAGCACCAGCAGGGAGGAAGAAGCAGGAGGAAGUGGUUGAGGCGUCACCGGAGAAGAAAGUGAGGAAGAUGAGAGAUUCACCGUUUAACAAGAAGAGUAGUUCAGUGUUGGGGAGGUUGGCUAAUAGUACUAACAAUGAGGAAGAAAGUGAGGAGGGGAGUCUUGAGACUGUUGUGGUUGCUGAAACUUCUUCAGGGAGGCCUAAGAGAGCAAACAGGAAGGAGUUGAGGUAUGUGUUGAGUGAUUCGGAGAGUGAGUCUGCGAAUGAUUCUGCGUUUGAUGAAGAUGAUGAGUAG